AUGGAUGCUCGUCAGGUGUUGCAGAGCACCCUCGCGCCUGAUGCGGCCGAGCGUACUAAUGCCGAACAACAACUCGCACACGCCGCGGAGGUCGACUUCGCUGUCUACCUUAUCACCCUCGGUCAAGAACUUGCAAAUGAGAGCAGCCCCGCCCACAUCCGUGUGGCUGCCGGUCUCGCCCUGAAGAACGCCUUCACUUUCCGGGAUCAGGCUAAGCUGCGGGAGGUCCAGCUUCGUUGGGCCCAGAACAUCAGCCCCGAGACCAAGACACAGGUCAAGGAGCUGGCGCUGAAGACCCUCGAGUCUGCCAAUGUGCGCGCUGGAGCUGCCGCCGCCAACUUGAUCGUGUCCAUUGCCGCGAUCGAGCUGCCGCGCAAUGAGUGGCCCGAGCUGAUGGGCGUUCUGGUCCAAAAUGUGGCCAGCGGAAACGAUGCCCUCAAGCAGUCCUCGCUCACUGCUAUCGGUUACAUUUGCGAGUCCCAAGAUCCAGACCUCCGCGCCAGUCUCACACAACACUCCAAUGCCAUCCUCACCGCGGUCGUGCAGGGUGCUCGGCGCGAGGAGCCGAACAUGGAGGUUCGGUUUGCCGCUAUUGCUGCCCUCAGUGAUGCCGUCGAUUUCGUGCGAACCAACAUGGAUAACGAGGGAGAGCGCAACUACAUUAUGCAGGUUGUCUGCGAGGCUACCCAGGCCGAUGAGGUUCGCGUCCAGGCUGGAGCCUUCGGCUGUCUGAACCGUAUCAUGGGCUCCUACUACGAGAAGAUGCGCUUCUACAUGGAGAAGGCUCUCUUCGGCCUGAGCAUUAUGGGUAUGAAGAGCGAAGAGGAGGAAGUCGCCAAGCUCGCUAUUGAGUUCUGGUGCACUGUUUGCGAGGAGGAGAUCGCCAUUGAGGACGACAACGCCGAGGCCCAACAAGACGGUGUCGAGGCUCGUCCCUUCUUCGGCUUCGCCCGCGUCGCCACCCGUGAGGUCGUCCCCGUUUUGCUGCAGUCCAUGUGCCGACAGGACGAGGAUGCUGGUGAUGAUGAGUACAAUGUGUCUCGCGCUGCCUACCAGGCCAUGCAGCUCUACGCUCAGUGUGUUCAGGGUGAUGUCAUCCCCCCUGUUGUGAGCUUCGUUGAGGAGAAUAUCCGCAACGAGGACUGGCACCGUCGUGAUGCCGCCGUGGCUGCUUUCGGCGCUAUCAUGGAGGGCCCCGAGCCCCGUGUGCUGGAGCCUCUCAUUAAGCAGGCUCUCUCCGUGCUUCUCGGCAUGAUGGAGGACAGCUCUAUCUCCGUUCGUGACUCCACCGCUUACGCCCUUGGUCGCGUGUGCGACUGCUGCCCCGAGGUUCUGGACCCCGAAGUCCACCUCCAGCCCCUUAUCUCUUGUCUCUUCAAUGGCCUUGCCAAUUCCCCCAAGAUCGCCAGCUCCUGCUGCUGGGCUCUUAUGAAUGUCGCAGACCGCUUUGCCGGUGACGAUGGCUCGCAGACUAACCCUCUGUCGAAGCACUUUGAGGACAGUGUGAAGUCCCUACUUGCAGUCACCGAGCGACAAGACGCCGAUAACCAGCUCCGUACCGCUGGUUACGAAGUUCUUAACUCAUUCGUUAUGAACUCUGCCAAUGACAGCCUUCCUAUGGUUGCCACUCUUUCCGAUGUCAUUCUUCAGCGCCUAGAGCACACCAUUCCCAUGCAGCAGCAGGUUGUCAGCCCCGAGGACCGCAUUCUCCUCGAGGAGAUGCAGACCAGCUUGAUCAGUGUGAUUCUGGCUAUUGUCCAGCGCUUCGAGGGUGAGAUCAAGCCCCAAGCGGACCGCAUCAUGAGCGUUCUCCUCCAGGUUCUCAGCACUCUUGGUGCCAAGUCCAGUGUGCCUGAUGUCGUCUUCGCCACCGUUGGUGCCAUCGCCAACGCCCUGGAGGAUGACUUCAUCAAGUACAUGGAAUCCUUCAGCCCCUUCCUGUGCAACGCCCUUGGCAACCAGGACGAGCCCGGCCUUUGCGCUAUGGCCAUCGGAUUGGUCAGUGACAUUGCUCGUGCUCUGAACGACAAGGUUCAGCCCUACUGCGACACUUUCAUGAACCUGUUGCUCAAGACUCUUUCGGCUUCCAUCAACCAGCUCAAGCCCGCUAUUCUCGAGACCUUCGGUGAUAUCGCCCAGGCCAUCGGCACCAACUUCAACACCUACCUGGCAGUCGUCGGUCAGGUCCUCCAGCAGGCAUCGAGCGUCACCACAAGCUCUGACCUUUCAUACGAGAUGGUUGAUUACAUUGUCUCUCUCCGUGAGGGCAUCAUGGACGCCUGGGGUGGUAUCCUGCUGUCCUACAAGGGCACAUCCUCCAUCACCCAGCUCCAGCCUUUCGUGGAGUCCAUCUUCCACCUGCUGCACAUCAUCUCCACUGAGAGCAACCGAAGUGAGGGCCUCAUGCGUUCCGCCAUGGGUGUCAUUGGUGAUCUUGCCGAUGCUUUCCCCAACGGUGAACUUGCCCACCACUUCCGCAACGACUGGGUCACCGCCCUCGUUCGGGAGACUCGCACGACCAGACAGUACAGCGAGCGCACCAUCGAGACUGCUCGCUGGACCCGUGAGCAGGUCAAGCGCCAGAUCAACAUGGGUGCUGGCAUGUCGUAA